AGUUUAUUCAAAGCAUGAAAAUGACAAUGAACCGUGUGUUGUGACGGGUAACAUGCGAUUGCCAAUGUCCGAUUAUGUCGCACUAGCAAGUCAUAUUACCAUAGUAAAUAACGAGCUCAUAUUACUGUCGUCUAAUGUGUUCAAUAAGCUUGAUGUAGCUUUUAUAACAUUUUGAUUAAGGUAUGAAUCAGAAAUGAAUGUGGAAAAAGCAGAUAAGGCAGAUCUUCAAGGCAAUGACAGUUUGCGGGUGGAGUCUGAGCACACUUGUCCUCAUUGUUCUAAGAAUUUUCCAGACUCAAGAGCUCUGUAUCUUCAUAUUCGUUGCCAUGGUGAGAAAAAACAUAUUUGCAAAGAUUGUGGAAAGGGUUUUACUCAAGUUUGUCACCUCAAAAGACACCUUAGAAUUCAUACAGGGAUAAGACCAUACCAGUGUACCAUGUGUAGAAAGACAUUUACCCAGAUGGCUCACCUGGACACACACUACAAGUCACAUACAGGGGAAAAGGAGCACACUUGUGAUGAAUGCAACAAGAGUUUUAUUCAGAAGAGUCAGCUGAGUCGACACAUGAGAUCUCACUCCAGUGAGAGACCAUACAAGUGUUCCACAUGUGAGAAAACCUACAAGUUUAGUGACCACCUAUAUACCCACAUGAGGGUACACUCUGGUGAAAGGCCUUACAAAUGUGACAUGUGCUCAAAAACAUUUUAUGCCUGUUCAAAUUUGAAUCUUCAUAAAAAAUCUCAUGUGGCGUUUGGAACAAUGAAUUGUUCUAAUACUUUUCAGUCAAAUCAACAUCAGGCUGUCCACGAACAAAAAGUCAUAGAUGAAUAUCAAUGUGGGGUUUGUAGUGCUAAAUUUUUAAAAGCUGUAAAAUUUCAACAGCAUGUAAAGGUUCAUGGUCACCAAUACCAUUCAUUAGGCACUUGCUUGAUUUGUCAGAAAAAAUUUGAUAGCAAGGCUUCACUGAACAAUCAUGUGAAACACCAUGACAAGAAAUUCUCAUGUCAUGUCUGCCAGAAGUCUUUUAAUAUGAACAGUUUUCUUCAAAUGCAUAUGGCUCAGCAUUCUGGACUCAAAUUACCAUGUCGAUGUGUUAUUGAACAGUGUGCAGAGGAAUUUCCCAACAUGGAGGACCUUAGAACACAUGUGGAAUCUUGUCACUUGUCCAGUCCUGAUACCCACUAGAGUGACCAAGAUAACUACAUGUAUUUAGACAAUAUAAACAGGCUGAAACUAUUGAAGAGGUAGACUAGAUGACAAGCUUAGAAAGCCUUGAAAUCUAAGCACUUUACUGAUGAACCUGGAAAUCGAAACAUUUCAUUGAUGAGCCUGGAAAUCUUAACAUAUAGAAUUAUGAGCCUGGAAAUCUAAGCACUUCAUUGAUAAGCCUAAAAAUUUAAGCUUUUCAUUAUUGAGCCUGGAAAUAUAAGCACUUCAUUAAUGACCCUGAAAAUCAAAGCAUUACAUUGAAUAAUGAGCCUGGAAAUCAAAGUAUAUUAGUGAGGAGCCUAAAAAUCAAAGCAUAUCAUUGAUGAGUCUGGAAAUUAAAGCAUUUCAUUGAUGUGACUUGAAAUCAAUGUAUUUCAUUGAUGAACUUGGAAAUCUAACUACAUGUAUAUUAGUGAUGAGCCUGGAAAUCUGAAGUAUUUCAGUGAUGAGCCUGGAAGUCUAAGCACUUCAUUGAUGAGUCUGGAAAUCUAAGCACUUCAUUGAUGAGUUUCAAAAUCUAAGCAUUUCAUUGAUGAGUCUGGAAAUCAAAACACUUCAUUGAUGCGUUUGGAAAUCUAAGCAUAUCACUGAGAAGCCUAGAAAUUAAGCAUAGGAUGAAAAUGAAAAUAUGUUUCAUCAUUUAUUACUAUAUAUGAAAAUAAAAUUGACAUUCUAAUCAAA